CCAUUUUACAUAUGUCGGAGACGUCUGUCGCACAGAUGCAUAAAGUUCUGUAGUUCUUUUCAAUGUUAAAGAAAGUUUCAUAUUAACUAAAUGUAUAUCGAGUGCUCAGAACUAUGAAAAGAUGUAUUUUCUUCAGAGACUUAUAAAGGAUUCCAUAAAAGUUCUGGGCACUGGUGGAUUUCUCUUUGUCUCAUACCUCACGGCAGCAGGUGAUGAGCAAUUCUAUGCCAAUCAGCUUGUGCCUGCACUGCAAAGAAUCGUGGGAGCCGAGACGGCUCAUGUGAUGGCAAUACGGUUCAUCAGUCUGGGUCUGGUACCAUACAGUAGGUUCCAGGAUCCAGCCUCACUGGAAGUGAACGUAUUUGGCCAGCGAUUUAAGAAUCCGGUUGGGAUUGCGGCCGGCUUUGACAAGCAUGGGGAAGCGAUGGAUGGGCUGUACCGUAUGGGGUUCGGGUUUGUGGAGGUCGGCACGGUGACUCCCCUGCCCCAGGAUGGGAACCCUAAACCACGCGUGUUUAGGCUGACAGUAGAUCAGGCAGUGAUCAACCGGUAUGGCUUUAACAGUUGUGGCUUAACUGCUGUCCAAGAGAGACUCAAAGCCAGGGAGGUUACCCAGGCAGAGCAUACACAAGCUGGUCAACCUAUUGGCAUCAACCUGGGCAAGAACAAACUGUCUCAGGAUGCGGUAGCUGACUACCUGGAGGGGGUGCGAAAACUCGGACCCCUGGCCGACUACCUGGUAGUGAACGUGAGCAGCCCCAACACUCCAGGGCUGAGGGAUCUACAAGGCAAGGAAGAACUGCGUCACCUGCUGCAGAAGGUUCUGAAAGAGCGGGAUGGCUUACAAUCUGGGCGACGGCCACCCAUUCUGGUGAAGAUUGCGCCUGAUCUCACCUCCCAGGGCAAGCAGGACAUAGCUGAUAUCAUCACUGAGCUGGGUGUGGAUGGCUUGAUCAUCUGCAACACCACCGUGUCCAGACCCCCGAUGCUGAAAGACCCCCAGAAGUGCGAAGCAGGUGGUCUGAGCGGUGCCCCCCUAAGAGAAAUGUCCACUGCCACUGUGCGAGAGAUGUACAGCUUAACCAGAGGGAAAGUGCCCAUAGUUGGUGUUGGAGGUAUAGCUAGUGGACAGGAUGCCUUGGAUAAGAUUCGUGCUGGUGCAUCAUUGGUCCAGCUAUAUACAGCGUUUACAUAUCAAGGACCACCCAUUGUCACCAGAAUCAAACGGGAACUGGCACAGCUACUGAAGGAGCAGGGAUUCAAAAGCAUCUUGGAUGCAGUGGGGGCUGAUCACUGGAUGGUGGAUGGGAAAAUGCAGGAGGUUCCAGAACGGGGCUGUAAAAGCUAAGCCAGAAAUGAGGCCGCAGACUUUGCAGAAGAUACCCACAUCCACAAAAGUAUCAAAAUAUGGUCAAGAUAUCCGGGACAGAAGAAAAUAGCGUACCUACAGAGUUUGUGGAGUUAUGUAAACAUCAGUGUAUGAAAUGUGCUUCAUAAAGUUCUUUUUUCUUAAAAAAAAAAAACAAAUUUGUAAUGCAUGAUCAUGGUAAAGCACACUCCACUGUAGGGGUCAGAACACUCAUGAGCACUGAGUGCCCUUCAAGUUGUCACAAAGCUAAUACCAGCUUGAACAGGGGUUCUCAAACACCCCAUCUGCUGUCUUCAAAAGGUUAGGCACACCUGUCCUAAAGAAUAUGGGACAGGUUGUCUGACCAAAGCAGACAUGUUCCCUCUAGUGGCAGCAGAGUUUACUGACAAGGGUAAUGGCUCAGACCAUUUAUAAUUGUACAUUUACAAUCAAUAUUUCAUUUUUUAAAGUGUUAUGAAAAACUGAAUAAAGACGUUUGUAAAUGUA